CCCACUAAUUUAAAAAAUUAAAGAUCAUUUUGACCUCCGUGCAAGCUAAAUUUUGACGUCAAAUUUUCAUUUUACUGAAUUGAAACUGUCUCUUACACUCGCAUUCGCGCAGAAGCAGAUAGACGUAAAGCAGCAGAUAUGGACUUAUGGUUGGAAUGCAGACAAGAUGAUCCAACGAUCACCCUGGAAGAGGUGAAGGCACUUAUCGGUCGAUACCACAAUCAGGACGUCAUCUUGCCUGAAAGAUCCCGUGGCAUCAGCAAGUACAAUGUCUACUGCCAGCAAGAAAAGGAAAAGAUUCUUGGUGGAGAAUCUGGGUCAACUUAUUUAACCCCCAAGAUUCUUUCUGAGGGGUAUCAGAAACUGUCAGAUGCUGAGCAUCUUGAACUCAAUGCAGCCGUUAGAACGUCGGAACAGAAAAACCAAAUGGAACAACUAAUUAACACGGGUUUGACGAGUCGUGAAAUUUGGGAAACUUUAACGGGUUUUCUCAAAGCCUUGUACCGGUUUCAUGGCACAGAGUUUAUAGGAAUUUUUGGGAAAAAGAAAACCUGGAACGAUGUUUGUUAUGGAGAGAACGUUCGUGGAAUGGACUUGGGACGAUGGAAAAAAGAAGUGAGAUUGUACGUCAAUCCCAAGUCCCGUGUGAAAUAUUGCACAGCCAAAGAGUUUCUGGUGUGAAGGAAUCCCUCAGGAACUCAAUCAAUCGCCAAUGCGAAACCGUGUAUGAAAAAAUACCUUGGAAGCAAUUGGUGAAGUUUGAGGACCUGGGGGCAACAGUUCUCACAAGCCAAAAUAUUGUAGUCGAGAAUUGGCCGUUGCCGGAUUUUGUCCAUAAGAAAUUUAUGGCAAGGGACAAUUUCAAAAUGGUGGAGAACAGUUUAAACGAUCUUAAGUUUAAACUGUCUCGCCAUUACACUAUGGCAGAUUCUAUUGAAACCAACAAUGAUUCAGCAUUACCAACUUACAAACUCAGAAAUAAUGUAGAUGUAAUUGAGCCUCUAACAAGAUACGUAAAAUGGUGUGACGACAA